AUGAUUAUUAAAAAAAAAACCAAAGUGAUUGGUGAAAAUGAAAAUAAUAUUGAAAAAAUAUUAAAUGAAUCAUUAAAUUAUUAUAAAACACAUAAAACAUUAAAUUCAAGAAGAAGAUUCCCAAUGGAUCCAUUAUUUUCAAUAUUUCCAAGAAAUAGUUUAGAUUUUGUUUCAAAUGGUAUUAGUGGUGGUGAUUAUAUUUUCAUCCAAAAUACUAGUGAAACAUCAAAUAUAAAAGAACUGUUAAAUAGAGAAAGAUUUGAAAAUAAAAAUGUUUUAAUAAAAGGUGUCAGUGGUAUUGGUAAAUCAUAUUCAAUCUAUCAAAUUGUAUCCGAAAUUAGAAAUGGAUUAUUCGAAAUCGAAAGUUCAAAUUACAUAGAAAGCAAAAAACCAAAUAAUAAUAAUAUUAAUAAUAAUAAUAGAUGUGUUUAUAUACCAGAUUAUGGAAAUUGGUUUAAAUAUGAAAAUGAAAGAGAAGCCAAUUUCUUAUUCAUAUUUUCAAUUUUCAUUGCUUAUGAAAUAAAUAAUGACAAAUUCGUAUCAAAUUGGUGGAAAAAGGAUUUUAUAAAAUCAAUUAAUAGUGGUGGUGGUGGUAAAAAGAGAAAUUCAAAAAAAAAAUCAUUUACAUUUGAAAAUAUUUUAUUAUUUUUAAAAGAUCUUUCGAUUUAUAAUAAAAGUAAAGAAUUAAAUUUUUUUAUAUUUUUUGAUCAACAUACACUAAUUACAACAACAUUAAUCAAUAGUAAGAAAACCAAAUUUCCAUAUAAUUUACCAGAGAUAAUUCAAAAUUUAAUAAAAUGUGAUUUGGUAGUUGUUUCAAUUUCUGAGGGUAAGAAUCAACCAUUGGUGAAUUUUGUUAAUAAUAAUAAUCAAAAUUCAUGGACAAUUUAUUCAAUGAAUGUUGGUUUCCAAUUUAAUGAAUUUUUAGAAUGGAGAUCAUUUAAUUUAAAUAAAUUUAAAAACAAUAUAUCAUGGUUAAAUAAUCUAUAUUUCCAAUCAAAAAUUUGUUAUACUACAAAUAUGAUACCGGGUGAAUUAAAUUAUUUUAUUUCAUGUGAAAAUAAAUUUAAAAAUAAUUGUAAAGGAUUAUUUGAUAAUUAUUAUUCCAAUAGAUAUAGAGAGUAUAAAGGGGAUUUAGAAAUUGUAUUCAAAAAAUUAACAAAUGAGCAAAAGGUAUUGUUUGAGAGAAGUAUGGCAUUGUUAGAAUUGAUGUUACCAAUUGAUAAUGAAAAGAUAUUGAUAUUAUCACAAUUUAUGGUAACCCAAUAUUUACCAGAAGAACCAUGUUUUCAUAAAAAAGGUGGUUAUUCAAUUAUUAGAGCAAAAUCACCAAUUGCAUUGACAGUAUUGAAAGAGAAAUUGGGUGACGCUUAUCAAUCGUUUUUAAAUGAAUUCAUUGAGAAAAUAUUUUCAAUUGGAUUUAAUUAUUAUUCUCGUGAUAUUUGUUUCAAUGCUGCUAAAAGUUAUUUAUCAAAUAAAAUUCUAGAUGAAAAAGAUUUUAAUUUGAAAACUAUAUUUACAGCAAACGAAUUCGAGUUUCCAAAGAUUGAACAUUUAAGAAUAAAUUUAAUUAGAACUGUGCAUUUAUAUGAUUUCUGUUUCGAUGAUAAUGCAAUUGAUUGGAACUACUCUUUCAUUAUGUUACCACAUUCAAUAACAACAAUUAAUAAUUAUAGUAAUAAUAAUAAUAUAAAGAAUAUUAAUAUCAAUAAUUAUAUUAAUAACAAUUGUUAUAACUUUUUACAAAAUAAUAAAGAUAUUGAAUUUUAUAUUUGGGAUGCAGUUUAUCUUAGAUUCUUUAUUGUUCAAAUCACUUUAAAAUUAAAUUCAGAACGUGAUACUUUCAAAACACAUGCAAAUAAGAGUAUUUGGUCUGAAAUUUUUACUAGAAAAGAAUAUAAUGAAAAUGAUACAGUUCAUUAUCUUUAUAUAGGUCCUGAAACUUUAGGAUCAAUUACUUAUAAUUAUAUUUCAAGUUUUGAACAUAUUUCUGAAACUUUUCCAUUAUUUACAAAAUUUUCAGAUGAAUGGAUGGAAAUUCAAUAA